UUAAGCUUGGUAACAGAGGGUGAAAAGUUAUUGCUACAGUAGGUCUGCCUCACACAGCUAAUUUCCACCGAGAAAGGAGAGGGAGAAGCGAAAAGGUAGACCAUCCACUCCCAUCAGCAGGUCUUCACCUACCCAACACCGUUCUCCUAACCUCAAAGCCACAUUAGAAGAGGAAAGUCCUGAAAGAGUGAAACAGAAGAAAAAACUGCAUGAAGAGCUGAAGGAGGUGCUGAGCCGGAAGCAAAGCCAUCUGAGAGGAACUCAGUCAUUCCAAGGAGAUAUGAAUCCCUCAGGGCAAAUCAGUGAGGCCGAGGAGAAAGCUCCUGCCUCAGAAAUGGUGGAAGUUGUUGUGGAGACUGAGGCAGAAGCUGGGGCAAGUGGGUAUAGUGUGACAGGUGGAGGGAGAAAAGGAAUUUUUGUCAAAGACGUAUUAAAGGACUCACCGGCAGCAAAACACCUCAGUCUUCAGAAAGGAGAUCAGUUGCUUAGUGCCAAAGUAUACUUUGAUAACGUGAAGUAUGAAGAUGCCCUGAAGAUUCUUCAGUGUGCUGAACCCUACAAGGUCUCCUUUUUAUUGAAGAGGACAAUACCAGGCAUGGACGUCAGUACGCUCCCACGUGCUGCUAGCUUCGAGCUCAAAGGCCCAAAAGCCAAAAUGCCCAAAAUGAGUUUUAGAAGCAAAAGACCUUUCAAAGCUAGAAAAUUGAGAGCUGGGAGGUUUGGUUUAAAAAGACUAAAAGAGAACAAGCAAAUAAAAGCUAGAAGAGAAAUCGAAAAGGAAACGUCUCCAGCCAAGCUGGAGUUCAGCCCCAUGGAUGUAGAGUUUGUCUUCCCAAAGUUACACAAGCUGCCAAAGAUCGGGAUAGAGCCUAUGGAAGGAGAGAUGAAAUUCACAGGAUAUGGCCCUCGGGGUGGGUCACUCACAACAGAGAAGAAGAAAAGGAAAAUAAGAUUUCCUAAAAUGAAGGUGAAGCAAGCUAAUAUCGAAGAAGCCAACACAGAAGGCGGCAUCAAGGACACUGGUAAGACUAAAGAAAAAGUCCAAGUUAAACAGAAGGCUACAGGCUUUGGGAUAAUGUUCACCAAAGCUAAGGAUAGAAAACUAGAAGAAAAGAUGGAAGUGAUGUCACCUGAAAUCAAAUUCAGACCACCGUCAGUAGAAUUCGAUUUUGGUGGUGCCGAUGCAAUAAAAACUCAUGUAAAAGAAAAAGAUGGAUUAAAGUUUAAACCUCCUGAAGUUGAACUAUCCAUGGGAUUGCCCUCAGUGAAAGCAGAAGACACCUUACCUAAAGAGGGUCAAAUAAGUCCCAAAGUCAGUAAGGAAGACAUCAAGUCACAAAAAGGACACUCGAUAGGUGAGGGCAUUACAAUUGAAAUUGGCAAAAUCGGUUUUGGUUCUGGUCCGACUGCUGAAGAUGAACUUGGCAGUGAAGAUGGCAAGACGAAGAAAGCAAAGCUCCAACUGCCAGAAAUUGAACUUCCUCGUUAUUCCUUAGACAAGAAAAAAGUAGAGAAAGUUUCAGUGGGGAAGGAGAAGAUGCAGAUGCCAUCCAUCAAUAUCACGGCACCGAAGCUUGAUUUGCAGCAGCUUCUGGGUAAAGAUGUGACCCCAACGUGGAAUAAAACAUCCAAAGCAGAGGGGACACAUGAACCCUUAAAAUUCUUGCCAAAGUUUGGAAGUUUAAAGGAUGAUGUUGAGGUAUCUCUUCCAAAAUUAGGCUUGAUCACUCCAAAAACAGAUCUGGAAGAAAAGGGCAAAGAUCUGGAUGGGCUCCCAUCCAUUGAAAUCUCUUUGCCCAAACCAAGAUGUGAGACAAAGCUAGCAGCUCCUCAGAAAGAGUCUGUUGAGACAAUUAAAAGACCUGGAAUAAAACUGCCAGUCAUCGACAUUUCAGUACAGGAUCCUGACAUUGAUCUACACCUGCCGAAAGCAAAGGGUGCAGCUGAUAUUAAAGCAAAAGGGGGAUUAAUUAAAGGAAGCCAAGACAGAAUAGAUGGACUGGAGCUAAAAAUGCCAGUAAUAUCAUUACCAAAGCCAGAACUGGGUAGAAUUAGCGCUUCUACUCCCAAAGCUGAUUCCAAAUGCCCAUUGCUAGAUAUUAUAACAAAAGAAAAUGAUACAGAUGUCAAAGAUGCAAGGAUAAGCAUGCCUCAAUUGAAUAUUUCAGUGCCAAAAUUCAUGCCUAGUUUUAAAAGUCUUGAUCAGCCUGAGGAAACCAAAGCUUCAAAGAUUUCUUUGCCAACAUUUGAAAUUUCAUUACCAAAAAUUAAACGUGUCGAGUCAGAUGUUAGUGACAAAGGUGGGAAGAUAAAUAUUCCGGUUGUGGAUAUUUCACUUCCAAAACUGAAAACAUCUGAAUCUGACUCAAAGCUGGAGAGUACAGAAGGUGGCAGAAUAUCCAUACCCCAAGUUGAUAUCUCACCUCCAGGAAUAAAGAGCGAAGAUGGAAAUAAAAAUGCAUGGGAAGGUGGUAAAUUCCGCUUGCCUACAUUAUCCAAAAUGAAAGCAUCCAAAAAAGAAGUGGACAUCGAGUGUCCUGAAAUGACAGGAGUCAAAUUACAACUGCCAAAAAUAGAUAUCAUGAUUCCAAAACAAAUAUCAAAAGAUACAGAAAGUGAUGUUGAAGGACACAAAGGCUUAUCUGGAAAGUUUAAAAUUCCAACAUUUGAUGUCUCACUUCCAAAACUUAAAGCACACAAAGAAGUAUCAGAUAUAAGACAUGAAAAAGGUUACAUGCCCCAAAUUGACAUUUCUCUCCCAAAACUGAAGCCACCAGCAGCAGAGACACAUGUUGAAGGACAUGACGACAAAGAUGGCAAACUGAAAAUGCCUAGAUUUGAGAUUUUACUGCCGACCAUGAAGUCAAAAGAAGCAAAAACUGCUGAUGAAAGUCAUGAAGUCAAAGGUGGAAAAUCAUACUUGCCAAAAAUGGAUAUUUCACUUCCACACCGAAAAUCACAAGAAAUAGUUGCUGAAGUUGAAUGCAGGGAUGAAGACAGCAAACUUUAUAUUCCUAAGCUUGAUGUCUUACUCCCAAAACUGAAUCUACCAGAGGAAAAAAUCACGGAAAGUCAAAAAUCCAAAUACAGCCGUAUUCAUAUGCCUACAUUAGAUGUUUCACUUCCAAAAAUUAAAUCUGAAGAGGGCGGUAUGGAAACUGAUACUUCUGUAAGUAAGGGCGCUAAGGUGAACAUGCCCACUCUUGACAUAUCACUACCAAAUUUGAAGUUACCUGAGGAAAACAUAUUUGCUUCCAGAGGUAAGAAGGAUGAAAUGAACUCACAGACAACCCCUGUUAAGAUACCAGCUGUUAACAUCAAGGUACCAAAGUUUGAUAUUGAUCUAAAUCUACCCAAAGGAAAGAAAGAUGUCACCGCUGACGUGCAUUUCAAAGAAAAAAACAAAGAAAAAGAUAGAAAAAUAGAAGGAUCUGCUGUAAAAGACAAAGGAAAGACAGAUGUCAGCAGAUGUAAAGUUGAGGCCAAUAUCAAACCACCAAAACUCAAACAUAUGGAUAAGGACCCUGAAAUUGAUACUCAUGAAAAAGAUUCACAACUGAAACUCCCAACAUUAAAAAUACCCAAACUGAACAUUGUAAGUCCCAAGCUACCAGAUAUUGACCUGAAUGUAAAAGGGACAAAGGAUAGGGAAGAAGCAUCCAUCAACCUGACUGGAGAGGACCGCAGACCUGAAAGGAGCGACAUCCCAGAAGUGGAAAUAAAAAUUCCUAAAAUUUUAAUAUCUGAAAAAGAAACUGAAACAGAGGUAAAGGCAAAGAAAGGAAAAAUUGCAAUUCCAGAAAACGCUAAGGAAAGCUAUGAUGAUCGAGUAAAGUACAAGUUUAAAAUGCCGAAGUUAUCGAUGCCUAGGUUAGGUUCUAAAGAAGCUGGCAUUGAGGCUGUUGGGGCCAAAGCAGAUCCAGAGCCCAAAGCUAAAAUGCCGUCUGUUGAACUGUCCCUGCCAACAGGAAAGGUGUCAGAAGGAGGACUGUUACUUCCAAAAGCUGACACUAAGUAUGAAGGAAAGUUUAAAAUACCUACAGUUAAUAUAUCCGCACCUAAAGUUGAUGUUGGUGUGAGUAUUCGAAAAGACAAACAAGAGGUGUCACUUGGUUCAAGCUCAUGUAAAGAAGGUGCAAGUGAUCAAGAUUUUGAAGGAAAGGACUUUAAGCUUAGGAUUCCAAAAGUGACCUUACCUUCAUUUAAUGUGUCUAGCUCAAAAGAAGAAAAUAUUGAAUGUGACACUGCAAUGGGAUCAAAGGACAUUGAUACUCAUGCAGACUAUAGAUUCUCUAAACCAAAGGUCAAAAUGCCAGAUGUUGACAUAUCCAUCCCACAGCGCAAAACAGGAGAAAAUACUCUUGAUGUUAAAGCUGACAGGAAAUUUAAACCCAAAAUUAAAAUUCCAAAAGUGAAUAUAUUAGGAAGUACAGAUGAAGGAGUUUGCUCGCAUACUACGGCGGAACCAACGAAGAUGAAAAUGCCAGCAUUAGACAUAUUAGUCCCAAAAGGCAGCAUGAAACUGGACAUUGGUUUACCAAAAGGUGAAGGUGCAAGAGGAAAAAAUCCCUCAACUGGCUCGCCGAAGUUAAAGAUGGGAAAAGAUAUAGAAUUGGAAAAACAUGGGAAGAAAAAAGAUGGGGAGCAAUGGAGUGAAUUUAAAAUGAAAAAAUCUGGCAAAGGCACAGCUGAGAUGCAUGUGGAAAACAAAGAAAAAGUGCAGGGAAAGUUACAAAUGCCAAAAAUUACCCUUCCUGGUAUCGAUUUUUCUAUACCCAAAGAAGGAACUGACAGUUGUGUUGCUAAGCUGCAAAACCCAGAAAUAAGUACUAAGUCAUCAAAAUUUAAAAUUCCUGACUUGGAGAUAUCAGGCUCCAAAGGAACAAAGGCUGAAAGCAGUGGGUCUACAGAACAUGCCGGGAAAACAAGAGCCUCUGAUGCUCCUUCUGUGUCUUUAGACCCUGAGAUGGGAUAUGAAGGACCCAAAAUGCCUAAAGUGAAGAAAGCAGUGUUUGUUUUACUGAAUCCUAAAGCUGAGAUGUCUCAGUCUUUUACUAGCCUCUCUGAUGAAGUGACGAGUGUAGAGCCAGCUGCUGCCAAAGCGAGAGCACCGAAGAGCGAAAUGAAAUGGAAGGAAGACAAAGAAAGUACUAAGCAGAUGAAAAAGGACAGAGUCUCUGGGGCUGACAGAGAAAAAGCAGGGAUCAGAUCAAAUAUCACAGAGAAAGUUGGAAAGGGUAAAGAAGAGAUCAGUAAACCUGUAAAGUCAAGAACAGAGACGGAACAGCAGAGCUCACAAUCGCCUAUACCAAAAUUAUCGCUUGACUUUUUCUCUGGAAGGGCCACAGAGGAGGCAGAAUAUACCACUGUGACUAAAAGGGAGGGACAGUGUGGUGAAAUCAGCAAGGGAAAGUCAUCUCUGUUUAAGGUCUCAGAAUUCAAACUAAAUAUGUCUAGUAUCACGCGUAUGACACCAGAGAGUUCUCCACAGGGCAGUAGGGACUCUCUCCAUUGUACCAAAAAUGAUGAACCCCGGAGAAGCUACAAAAUGCAAAUGCCCAGCGUAGGAUUCUCCAGCCAUUCAACUCCAAAAGACCCCAGUACGUUCAAGGAAGGAUAAAUAAUUGGAAUUAAAUAAUUCAAACUAUGCUAAAUAAAAUUGGGACAAGUAAAGUCUAUAGUUAUCUUAAAAAUCUAUUAUGAUCUAUCCACCUUGUUCACUCUAUGAAUCACAAGCUGUUUUCAGAAUGGCUCUCUAUUGUCAAAACAUAGUAUUAUAUAACGUCCGCCAUUUUGUAUUGCUAUUUGAAUUCUCAACAGCCAAUCUGAUUCAGUAUAUAGCACACAAUAAAAUACCCACAAUGCAUUGCAAAUUAUGGUCUACAGCAGUGCUUCUCAAACCAGUUCUCAGGGACUCCCAACUGGGGGAGAGCAGAAAUGUGGACCAUCUUGGAUCCCCAAGGAUUGCUUUGAGAAACACUGCUCUACGAACAGCAGGCAGUAGAAUGCAAUGUCCAAAACGAUUGUACUGUUUUACUGAUGAAUCCCCUGUACUACAUAGAUAGGGAGCAUCAUGAUAAAUUUUAUGGAUGAUUUUUUAAAUACUACUACUACUACUAAUAAUAAUAAUAAUAAUAAUAAUAAUAAUAAUAAUAAUAAUAAAUUCCACAAUACAAACAAAAACUAAAACUGUCUAAAAAAAAGAAAAAAGAUUAAACUGAUCAAUAUAUAUACUUAUUAUUGAACUUUGUUAAAAAGAGUUUAUGAUUAAAUAAAUACUAGCAAGUUCAUUAGAAUAAUUUUCGAAGUAGUAAUAAUAAUUAGGAAGCAGGCAUUGAAAAAGUAUGUAUUGUCUCUCUUGAAGGAUACAUUAAAUAUGGCUUCAAUAAAACACUGCGAAAUUUUCAUAUAUCAUAAUUUUUGUUACCUUGAAACCUGAAAUGCACGUUUGAUUUACUAGUUGAUUCACUAAGCUAUCAUCUAUAAAAGUAAUGUUUUCAUAUUAAACACAAAUAUUUUCUGAAUGUUUAAUAUCUGAAUAUUUAAAUAAUUAAUGUAAUAAUUUUGCCUGGCAACUAUGGACAAAGUUGGUUUAGCUUCGUGUAAUAUUCUAAAUAUAUUGUUGAUUUUCAUCUGAUCCUUAGUUAUAACAUGCUGUCUAAAAUUAGAGUAAUUAAUACUGUUCCUUUGCAGUUAAAUAAGAAUAAACACUGUAUUCUCAUUUUGAAAAUUUUAUAUUUACUUGGGUUCAUAAUUGUUUUAUUUUUCUUGAGUCACUUGCAUGGCGAGAGGGUGAGGACAGUUAUUUUAGGUUUGAUUUGUCUUCUUAACUCAAUGUGAUGCUUGUAAUUAAUGAAGCAGGCGAGUCGUAUACUGUAGGAGUGUGUUAUUUGUUAUAAAAGCUGUAUAUUGCGAUCUGUUGUGACCUAAAGGAGUUAAUAUUUCUCGUCAUUAAUAUUUGUAGAAAAGGUUAAAAUAUUUACAUUAAAAUUUUAUAUUGUAAUGCAUUUAAAAAGUCACGUAAUCUUCAAACUUUAACAGUACUAUCCUGUGUACAAUUUUAUGUUUUCCAUUUCUCAUUAUUAACAAGUUUAAAACAUUUUUCAACAUAUUUGCUUUUUAUAUGGAAAACGUUUAAACUGCUUCACUAGGACAAUGAUUCCAAUAAACAUAAUAAUCUAAAAUAA